AGCAAACCUACAACCUUCCAACGUCUCUCCUUAACUUUCAAACGACCCUACCGAAAUUAGUGCGACAAACUUUCGAGCCGAUGCCUAUCAACAGGUAACACCAAGACUAUACGAUUUAUCGCUCGUGCGCAACAAUGGCCGAUAUCGACACUUCAAAGCUCACCUCAUCCGCCCAGAUCUUCUCCCCGAAUAAUACCCUUCCUCAGAUCCGAGCUAUUCACAAAAGCCUCCAUGUCGCAAUCGAAGAAAAGUCUACCCGCCUGCGCACUCAGGUCGGAAGUUCUUAUCGCGAUCUUCUCGGUACGGCGGACACUAUCGUGCACAUGCGCGAUGACAAUGAUGUCGUUCAAGAGCUUCUAGGCAAGAUGGGUGGCCGAUGCGGUAGAGCUGUGAUCAGUGCCAAGGCUACGGGUCUCGCGAAUUUUGUCGCGAAGGAGAACAAGUCCGCUACUUCUAUCGCGGCACGGUUAAGGCUACUCGAUGCUUGUGUCCUGGUUGUUGGGCGAAUACUCAAGGGUAGUGGUGGACUGGGCGACAAUGUCAAGAAGGGAGACAGAUUGGUACUUUCUACAAAGGUCCUUGUUCUGAGUCGACUCUUGAUAAAGAGUCUCUCGGACGAUGCGACUGACACUAGCAGUCGCCGAGCCAUCGAAACCGCCAGAACAUCCGUUAGCAAGCUACGACGAAGGUUGCUCAGAAAUGUCGAGAAAGUCUUUGAGAGGGCUGGCGAUGAGACGGAGAGGGAAGACGUGCAAAAGGCACUAUGUGCAUACAGCUUGGCAACAAGCUGUGGAGCAAGAGACGUCCUCCGUCAUUUUCUCCAUGUGAGAGCAGAGGCUAUGGGACUAGCAUUUGAGGUGGAAGAGAAUAAUCGCAAGAGGAGUACUGACGACGUUGUUCAAAGUUUGAGGCUCUAUUCGAGAACCCUUCUUGAUGUUCAAGCUUUGGUACCAGGCAGGUUGUCAUUAGCGCUAUCUGGGCUCAAGAGCCACCCUCUCCUAGCUGACCCCGGGCUCAAGCAGCUUGAAGGGUUGCGGUUAGACAUCUAUGAACGCUGGUGUGACGAAGAAAUCCAAUACUUCACACCUUUCGUCCGACAUGACGACCUGGAUGGAAGCCAAGCUCGUGAAAUGCUAGCUGCAUGGUCCGAGAAGGGAUCUGAGGUUCUCCUCGACGGACUGAAGAAAACGCUGAACACAAUGUCCGAAUUCAAGUUGAUUAUGGAACUUCGAACAAGUGUUUUGGAACUUUGGAUUAGAGACGGUGGGAAGGCUCGAGGUAUCGAUCCAUCAGAACUGCAGGAUUCUCUCCGCGAAGCUAUCAACUCACGUAUGCUCGAAGUCCUCGAUACAAAGGUCAGCAAACUUCGCUUAGUUGGGUCAGAGGUCUCUGCAGCCCUAGGACGAUGGAAGGAUGGUAUCACCGAUGAACAUGUGAGCAUCUGGAACGAAGAAGGUUACGAUGAGGCUCUCGCAGGUGGCGCUGCCCCAUUUGUGCAAGAGGUCGUGUCUCGAUUUUAUGGACGAAAUGAUGCUGUUUCCAAAGCAGCGCACUCUUACAAAUCGUGGUAUCAUGUCAUCGAUGAUGUCAAGGAAGUUGUUGAGCAACUGAGACGGCAACGCUGGGACAAUGAUUACGACGAGAUCGAGGAUGAGGAGACGAUUGAAGCUCGACAGAAACUUCUAAGCAAGGAUGAUCCGCAGAUGCUACAAGAGAGGCUGGAUGCCACGCUAGACAAGUCUUUCAAAGAGCUUGAAGAUCAAAUCCAAAGACUUUGGGAUGAGCGGGUCGAGUCACCGCGCAACGGUAAAGUAGCCAUGUACUUCCUCCGUGUUUUACGAGAUAUCCGACACCAGCUGCCAGAGCGCCCUUCCAUCAAGAGCUUUGGCCUGAAGGUUGUCCCUUCAAUGCACGAGAAGGUGGCUGUGGCAGUUUCAAAGCCUACGCUGGAAGAGUUCUCCACACAAGGACUUUCACAGCGGGUUGUGGUGGGUCGACCACUUUGGGGUGGAGAGCCAGCGCUACCUAAUCAACCCUCGCCAGAGAUUUUCCAGUUCCUACGAUCGCUAUCACUGUCUAUGUCGGACGAGGGGGUUGAUCUCUGGACCAAGGCGGGUGUAUCUGUGUUGAAGAAGCACCUGACUGAGCAACUAUGCAAAAUGUGGGAGGCAGCAGUGGUGGAGAACUCAUUCGAAGACAAGGAAGACCUCAAAGAUGAGAAGUCAAAGGAGGUAGAUGCAAAGGAGGAGAAGGACGAUGGUGAUACGGAGGAUGAGAAUGCAGAGGAGACCGAUGAAAAGAAGGCCAAUGCCGAGGAGUUACCAAAGCCUGAAGAUGAUACCGAAGAGAAGAAACCCGGUCUCAGCCCCGAGCAGAAGACGGAUCUCUUCACACAAUGGCUCUUUGAUAUUGCCCUCUUGCGGCGUUGCAUUGGCAACACAGAGCCACCAAGCAGCUCGUUCCAGAACCUCGAGGACAAUGUUUACCAACACUCCAAGUUGGACGAGGCAGCAAAGCAACGGAUCUCAAAGUCAGCCAACGACUUCUGGCAACGAGUCAGUUUACUGUUUGGUCUGCUAGCAUAGGGAACAAGCGAUACUUGACAAUAGAAUCGAAGACUAUUAAUAGCCCACUAAUUGUGACGCUCCUGCUGAAGACACUAUCGAUUCACCUGUGCUCUUCACACCGAACAUAGUAUGUAUGGCAGUG